AUGAAUGCCUCAACCAAACGAUUGGAGAUUAAGAAGGUGUGCAAAGAUUAUCAAGCUAAAUUGGUUUGUCUUCUGGAAACAAAAGUUAAAGUGGAUAAUUGUGCUGCUGUUUUUGACAAGUUUCUCCUAGAUUGGAAGUAUUUGCAUAAUGGAGAAGCUGGUAAUACUAUUCGGAUUUGGUUGGGCUGGGAUCCGAAUGUUCUUGAUGUUGAAGAGAUCCAAAAAAGCAAGCAGUUUAUUCAUGCCAAGGUGUCGGUUAUAGGAACCUCUGUCUCUUUCCUUUAUACUGCAGUGUAUGCUCUUAAUAAUUUGGUAGGUCAGAAGGUUUUGUGGGAGGAUGUGGGGUCUCUUGCUAGGGCUAUUGCUUCUCCAUGGGCUGUCCAAGGGGAUUUUAAUGUGAUUCGUAUUCAAAUGGAGAAGAUUGGUGGGGAAUCUGUUAGGUUUGAAGCCAUGGAAGACUUUAACUCUUUCAUUGAUGAUGCUGGGCUAAUUGACUUGAAAUGGAAAGGGGAAGCUAUGACUUGGAAUAAUAGACAGAUUGGUGAUGCUAGAAUCUGCUGCAAGUUAGAUAGGGUGAUGGUUAAUUUAGCCUGGAUGGAUGUGUUUAGAUCUUCUGAAGCUACUUUUCAUCCCCCUGGUCUCUCUGACCAUUCUCCAGUGGUGGUGGCUGUGUUAGAUGAGGCUAACUUCGGCCCUAAUCCGUUCAGAUUUUUUGAAGCUUGGAUUGGUAGGGAGGGUUUUGAUGAUGUGGUUCGGAAGGGCUGGGGGAAGCCUGUUAGCUUGUCUCUAAAUCCUAUCCUUCGGUUUUCUGCCAGGUUGAGGAAUGUUAAAACAGAGCUAAGAAAGUGGAAUAAAGAGUGCAUUGGAGAUGUUUUUCUUAUGGUAAAGGCUACAAAGGCUGAUUUGCACCACACUCAAUGCCAGCUUGGUAAGCAUCCGGAUGACCCGGAUUUGGUUCUCUUGGAGACACAAGCAAAAAAGAAGUUAUGGGAAACCCUGUCCACUGAAGAAAAAUUUUUGAAAGAGAAGUCUAAGCAUAGGAAACAUAUUCUGGAAAUUCAAGGGGAAGGAGGAGAUAUUGUCAAGGAUCCAAGCCAGAUCAAAGAAGAAGCUAUCUCUUUCAACAAGAAGUUGUUUGGGACUGAUUCGGCUGAUAAUGGUUUUCUUCCCAGUUCGGUUCCCUUGCAACAUGGCCUAUCUCUUGCUCAACAGGAAAGUCUGAUUGGAAGGGUGUCCAAUAAGGAGAUUAUGGAGGUUGUGUUUGCUAUGAAAAAUUCAAGAGCUCCAGGGCCAGAUGGGUUUGGGGCUGCUUUCUUCAAACAUUCUUGGGAUGUGGUUGGUGAGGAUCUGACUCUGGCAGUGAAGUGGUUCUUCAGUAAGACUGGCCUUCCUAGUUCGAUUAAUGCUACCUUUAUUAGCUUGAUUCCUAAGACGGGUGAUGUCUCUUCUUUUGCUGGUUAUAGGCCCAUAGCUCUUU